AUGGCAGAAGACUCGGUUGACAAAAUAACUUCACAAGCGGCCAAACUCAGCUGGCUUAAAGGCAAGAUCAAUCUAGAGGUGGUCGAAUCUUCCAGUGAAAGUUCAAAGAAGCUUCUGAUUGGUAAGAUUCUAUCCAACAAGUCCUUUCCAAAGAGUUUAGUCAAAGAAAUUUUGGUGAAAGCUUGGAAUGUGAUAAAUGAUAUAGAAGUGACAGUAGUAGACAAGAACAUUUUUAUGUUUUCUUUUCUACAUGAGGCAGACGUGAGACGUGCUUGGGAUAGAAGGCCCUGGACAGUCAAGGGCGAUCAUUUAAUCCUAAAACGUUUCUGCUUUGAUAUCAGUGUGUCUGAAGUAGAUUUCUCCACCACUGAAUUCUGGAUUCAAAUCCAUGGUCUCCCACUUAACAGAAGAAGUAAGGAGAACGUGCUGAAAAUUGGUAGUAUAGUGGGUAAAGCUUUGGAUACAGAUUUGGUUGGCCCUGGUUCUGGGAUUUGGAGCAAAAGUGUUAGAGUUCGGGUUGAAUUGGAUAUUUGUUGCCCGUUAGUGCCAGGUUUCCCGUUGGAAAGGGAUAAUCUUCCUGUUCUGUGGAUCCCAUUUAAGUUUGAAAAAUUGGGGAAUUUUUGUUUUGGUUGUGGUUUGCUUGGCCAUGAUCUCCGUAACUGUCAGGAUUUGGGAGUCCAGAACUGUGGUUUCUUUGGAAAAUGGCUAAGAGCAGAUAAUGAUGAAUUUCAACCGGGUAUCAAGUUGGAUGAUUUUCACAUUCCAAAUCGUCCAGCAAUGAUGUCCAUUAUCCCAAAUUCAAGGCCCUCUGUUCAGAUAAACCAGUCCAGUCGGAUCCAAACAACCAUGGGUUCUCAGGAUGAAAUGAUCACAAGGGAGGCACAUGGCAAAAGAGAAGAACCAGUGGAGGUCCUCGAGCAGUGUAGGAUGGUGACUCCCCUUCAGAAUGAUGGGACUUCAUUGGAAAAGGUUACUGAUGUCCGACUUGGUGUUGAAUUAGAAGUAGUGUUUUCUGAUAGGAAUAUGAUAGCGGCUCUUGUCUAUUCGGAUCCUCUUGAAGCACCUUGGCUUCUUUUUGCUAUCUAUGGUCCUUUUCAAAGGUCUAAAAGGAAAAAAUUCUGGGAGUUGCUAGAGAACAUGGUCUCUUCAUUUUCGGGGCCUUGGGCUGUGAUUGGUGAUUUCAAUUGCAUCAAGAGGGCGAAAGAGAAAUGUGGUGGUAGGUUAGUGGCUGAGAGCUCAGUGAAUUGUCUUAGAGAUUUUAUGUUGAAUACAGGUGCUAUUGACCUUGGAUUUAUUGGGCCUUCAUUCACAUGGUCUAAUAGAAGGGAAGGUUUGGCCAAUAUAAAAGAGAGAUUGGACCAAUGUCUGUGUGAUCAAGAGUGGCAGAACUUAUUCCCCAAGGCUGGGGUUAGACACCUGUGCAACCCCAACUCGGAUCAUAAUCCGAUAAUGCUUGAUACUCAUUUAGAUUCUGGGAAGUGGCCUCGACCAUUUCGUUUUGAAACUAUGUGGACCAAGGAGGAGGGUAGUAGACAGGUGGUGGAAGAACUUGAUGAUUGGCUCACAAGAGAAGACAUGCGGUUACAGCAAUGUUCUAGAGAGUUGUGGGUUAAAGAGGGGGAUCGUAAUUCUAGAUUUUUCCAUCUCUCAACCAUCAUCAGAAGGCAUAGGAAUUGCAUUUCAGAGAUAAAGUUGGAUGAUGGGUCGUGGAUUAGAGAUCAGGAGGAUAUCCAGAGAUAUUUUUUGGAUAAUUUCUCCACUUUGUACAAUUCUUGUCAACCCCAGUCCCCUAUGAAUCUUGAGAAUCUCAUUCAACCGUGUGUUUCUGAUCAAGAAAAUAUGGGGCUGUGUAAAGUUCCCUCUAGAGAUGAGAUUAAAAAAGUGGUUUUCGAGAUGAAAGCCCUUAAAGCCCCAGGUCCAGAUGGCUUCCCAGCUCUUUUUUAUAAGCAUUACUGGGACAUUGUGGGGGACCAGCUAGUUUUUGCUGUCCAAAGUUUCUUUCUUAAUGGCAGGCUGCAGAAAGAUUUCAAUAAAACCUUCAUCUCCCUUAUUCCAAAAAAGAAAGGUGCGCAUAAUUUUAAUCAUUUCCAUCCUAUCGGUCUGUGUAAUGUGAGUUAUAAGGUGAUAUCGAAAAUCAUUGUUAAUAGACUAAGGCCUCUUUUAGAUAAAAUGGUGGAUCCAGCCCAAGUGGCUUUUGUUCCGAAUAGAUGGAUUAAUGAAAAUAUAGUUCUGGCUCAUGAGAUUAUGCAUAGUUUCAAACACACAGGGAAGAAGAAGGGUUUUCUUGGAAUCAAACUAGACUUUCAAAAAGCAUAUGAUAGAAUGGAAUGGAGUUUUCUGUUGGAGGUUCUUAGAGCUUUUGGUUUCAGCAACUCCUUUGUUAACCUCAUUCAUCAAUGUCUAUCUUCAGUUGAAUUCUCACUUCUAUUAAAUGGGAGCCAAUGUCCAAGUUUCUCCCCCUCCCGUGGCCUUAGGCAAGGUGACCCAAUAUCACCUUAUUUGUUUAUUCUGGGCAGUGAAGUUCUUCUGAGACUUAUAAACAGGGAGGUUGAUCAGCAGAGGCUAUCUGGUGUUAAAGUGUCCAAUACUGCUCCUCCCAUUUCUAAGCUAUGUUAUGCUGAUGACAUCAUAUUAUUUUGCAAGGCAAAAUCUUCUGAGCUAGCCACCCUCAAAGUUUGCCUAGAGAAAUAUUGCUCUUGGUCUGGUCAGUCCAUUAACAUAGAAAAAUCUGGUUGUUUCCCCUCCAAAGGGGUGAGCCCUCAAUUUAUCAAUCAAGUGAGAUGUAGCUGGGGUCUGAAUAUUCUGUCAAAUAACACCACCUACCUUGGAGUUCCUCUCUUUCUUUCUAGGAGCAGGAAUAAAGACUUCAGAUACAUUAAAGAGAGGCUGGAUAGUAAGCUAAGUGGAUGGAAAAGCAAGAAUUUGUCUUGGUCUGGGAGAGCAACUUUUAUCAAAUCGGUGGCCCAAGCCAUUCCAGCCUAUGCUAUGUCUACCAUCCAGCUGCCUAAAGGUCUUUGUGAGCAACUUGACGAGUCAACUCACAAAUUUUGGUGGAAUUCUAAAUCUAAGUCUGGUUCAUACUGGACUCCAGUAUCUUGGUUUACUCUUUGUUGGCCCCAAAAGGAGGGAGGCUUGGGUUUCAGGAAUCUCUGGGACUUCAACCAAGCUCUCCUCUCCAAAUUUGGCUGGUGGAUUUUAACAGGAAAAGAUUGUCCUUGUGUUAAUGUGCUGAGGGCGAAAUACAAGAUCCGUAAUAACUGGCUGACCCAUUCCUAUCAUGGCCAUGCUUCCCCAUUUUGGAAAAGCUUGUUGGGAAUUAAGUACAUCAUCGCCAAGGCUGGAUGUAUUGUUUUGGGCAGUGGGGAUUCUAUUAGAAUAUGGUCUGAUCCUUGGAUCCCCGAUCUUCCAGGCCACAUUCCUUCCCCUAAGGCUGAUGCUAAUCCAGACUUGGCCUUGACGGUGGUUGAUCUCAUUCUGAAAAUCCCCAUCCCAAUCAGCCAUUCAGUGGAUAGUUGGUCGUGGACUGUCACAAACUCGGGGUCUUUUUCAGCCAAAUCUGCUUAUUGGCUGUGCAAGGCAGCCUCGUCCCCCUCGAAUAUUGAUGCUACUAGGGGUCAAAUAUGGAAAUCCAAGCUUCAUGAGCGCCUUAAGAUGCUUUUGUGGAUAAUUGCUACCAAUGUGCUGCCUUCUAAAGAGGUAAUCAGUAGAUUUAAUGAGAAUAUUGAUAGUUGUUGUUCAUUGUGCGGUUUGGCUACUGAGUCUUCCCUUCACCUAUUUACGGUUUGUGCUAUUGCUAAAGCUGUAUGGUUUCAAAGUCAGUGGGGGUUGAGGAUGGAAGAGGUUGGAUUUGAGUCCACUUCGGACUUUAUUGGCUUUCUCAUUUCUCCUCCAUUUGUGGACAAUCUGAAUCCUUGUCAAAGAGAAGAUUUUUUGCUGUUUGGCGCCAUCCUCUGUGAUGUUAUUUGGAAGCUCAGAAAUAGUUCCAUAUUUGAUUCCGUUGUGCCCAACUUGGAGGGAGUUGUGUCAAGGAUUUUUAGCCUUUUUGCUGAACAUAAAAAUUCAAGAGCAUCCUCUACUAGUCAUCUGGCCUCCGCCUCUCCUCAGGUUUGGUUUCCUCCCUCAAGGCGGGACAUAAAAAUAAAUGUAGACGCAGCAGUGGGUCCUCGCUUUUCUGCCAUCGCUGUAGUUGUGAGAGAUUGGAGAGGGGAGUUGGUGUUUGCUGGCUCUAUGAAAGUGAACACCACCCUCCCUUUUCAAGCUGAAGCAGAAGCAGUUAGAUGGGCAAUCUCUUUAGCUCCUGCUCUGGAUGGUGAUUUUGUUCUUGUGGAAUCUGAUUCUCAAGUUGUUGUACAGCUUCUAUCAAAUUUGUCCCUACCUCCUCCUUGGAGAAUCAGGUCGCUUUAUGUUGAUUUGAGGUCUCUGCUCGCUCUCCAUGGUAAAGUGUUGGUGUCGUGGGUUCCUAGGCUGUGUAAUCAGGCUGCCCACAGCUUAGCAAAAUGGAGUUUAUCUUGUAAUUUUGUUGGCUCUUUUGGCAGUGAUUUUUGCCCGGACUGUCUCUCUUCUGUUGUUGUGAGAGAGUCCAGUAGGGAGUUGUAA